UGAACAUUUCAUUCAUUUCCGUUGGGCGAGGUCCUCUGCGUCAUACGUGAUAAAAGUGAAGAAAUUUUCGUCGCCUUCUCGAAGCCGACAAGAAGAUGAGUGACGAUAACCCUACCAACGAUUCCGUUUCUGACAACAAGCCCCAUUUUGAGCUGUACAUUAAGGCAUCUGUUAGAGAUGGUGAAAGUAAAGGAUCGUGUCCCAUUUGUCAACAAUGGUUCAUGGUGGCCCAUCUUUUGGCGGAAAAGUCAGAUGUUCAUUUCCAAGUUUACACGGUCCCAGCUAACAAUUUACCAGAAUCAUUCAAGGCUAAAACCAUGAGCAAGACAUUUCCAAUUGUAAUAGGUGUUCAGGGACGUGACACAAAAGGACAGGAUAUUUCAAACUGUGUGUUCGAUGAUGCUGAUGAAGUAGAGAAAUUCUUUGAAAGUGUUAAUGUCAGUCGACCAUUGCUGAAAAGAACAGAAGCUAAGAAUCAGCUCGCCCUUAGACAUGUUGAAGAUUUAUAUAAAAAAUUUAAUUUAUUUCUACAAAAUUCUAAUGAUAAUGGUACAAAGUUGACGCAACAAUUGAAAAACGUCGAUGGCUUUUUGGGAGAAAUGGAAACAACUUUUCUGUGUGGAUCUACAAUUUCCUAUAGUGAUACAGUAUUACUGUCACGACUUCAGCAUAUCAGAGUGGCUGGAAAGGCAUACAGAGGUUACGAGAUCCCUAAAGAAUUGAAGAGUCUGUGGCGGUAUCUCAGCACUGCUUACCAAACCAAAGCUUUUAUUCAAACACUACCAUCAGAUCAGGACAUUAAAUUGCAUUAUGAAACUAAAGCAACUACCAAAUUAGAAAAGACAAUAAAAUUGGAAGGAACCUCAUACACAACAGACGUUGAUCCAGAAUGCUUGAACGGUGAAGUUGAGCAGCAGAAUGGGGAUGAAUGAAAACUUAUAUUUAUGCUUCAAAUAGUGUGAUAAACUAUAUUCCAUUGUUACCCCAUCAACUGAUUUGCUAGCCAAAGGGGGAUAAUUCUUGUGGAAUCACACAUUCAUCUGCGAUGAAUUCUAAUGAUGUAUAAAAAUUAUUAUAUGGAAAUGAUUUGUUAUUAAUGUUUAAUAAAUGGAAGGAUAUUUUAUAUUUGGUGUAAUGGAAGCUGUCACUAAGUACAUUUUGUUAUACUAACUUCCAAAACUUUCUUAAUUGUGGGAGAAAGGGGGGGGGGGGGAAUGAAUUGUUGCAAUAAAUGUCUUCCUCAUAUUUUUUUGUUACUAUAAAUUUGCCAAUGGAUAAAUUAAACUUUCUCUGAUACAAAUAAAUCUCAAUACCUCAUUAAAAAUGUAAAAUCCAGAAUAUUUUUGAAUUACUACUAGUCUAGUCACUAUAUAAAUUAGCGUAAAAGGGAGGUUAUUCAUUGCAUGUAAUAUAAGCUGGUUAUUCAGGGUCUUGAGACUAUUUCUGCAUUGUUUUCUGGGCUAUGUUAUUAAACAAAUGUUAAAAGCUAAAACUUGAAAUUAUCUUUUUCUAAAUGAAAAAUGCAAACAAGGAAAGAUAACCUUCAGAAGUAAUUGUAUAGUAAAGGGAGAAAACUCUUUUUCAUUUUGUUAAAUUUUUAAGAUGGGUCUCUUCUAUUGUUAUGUUUUUAUUAUUUUUGCAAAGUUACGUUAUUGUUUAAAGUUAUGUACAGUACAGGCAAAGUGGUUCAGUUAAAUGAAUGCUUUGUGAUGGCAGAUUUUUCCAUUUUGAGAUAUCUGUUUCUUCAGUGCGACAGGGUUGGCAAAUGAAUGGUAUCACUAGUAAUUACACUGUUUCACAGUGGUAACCUUGCUUAAGCAUGAAUGAUUUUUAACAGAAUCAAAUGAGUGUUAUCACUAGCAGUUACAUUAAUUCACAGUAGUAAACUUGACAAUAGCAAGCAUGAUUUAACUGAACCACUAAGCAGUGUGUACUGUAGUAUUGUAUGUGUGUAAAAUAUAUUCAUGAUAUUGUUAAUAUUGCUGUGUUAGCAUGAAACAGGUGCCUUUCUUAUUUCAUAUCAUUGAGUGGUCUCGCCAUAUUUAUACAUCAUGGAUGGUUCUAAAAAUGGAUGGACUUUUCUACCUUUUAAUCUCAUUCCAGGAUGAUGAGAUGUAGUGGAGAAAUUUCUUGAAGUUUGAAAGACCAUUGAUAAUUUGUUAAUCGCUAUUUUCCCAGGAAACCUCAAUGACGUGGGGUUUGGCUGACAUCAUUGCAUUCUCUUUUAACAUCUCAGUCAAGUAGCCUGAAAUGGAAAAUUAUAGAAAAAUUUAAGAUCGAUUCAAAAUUUGAGAAAAUAGUGAUGGAAUUAGUUAAUGUAAAAUUUUACUUUAAUAAAAAAAAUUAAAUGACUAAAUUUUACUUUGAUAAUAGAAAAAAAAUGACUUAACACUUUCUGAUAUCUCAUUAAAUAAUUAAUUUAAUGAUUUGCCUUCAACUGUGCCUUAACAAAAAAAUGCAAAGCUUGAUAGGAAAGAUCUGAAAUCCACCAGUACUUUUUUAUAUAAACAAGACCAGCAGUGAAAAGUGUUAAGAGUAAAAUCGGAGAAAAAAAGUCAAUAAGAUCUGAAAAAAAAAGAAAUAAUGCAGAAAUACACAAAAAUUUUAUGUUCUUAAAAUUUAGCACAAACAUUGUCUAUAUGUGUUAUAUUGACUAAUUUCUGAAGGUCUGCAUUUAUCAAUUAGUUUCUCUCUUGUUUCCCAGUGAAUUCCUGCUAUUGUUAAUCUUGAUAUUUGUAUUACUAUUUCUUCAUAAUUCAAGGUUAAACAGUUUUAGUAAAGUCAUUUCUGGAAAGUUUAAAAUGAAUUAAAUUUUUAAAGUGCCAUAAAUUUCGAAGUUUUAUUUUGACAGAAUGUAAAAAUAAUAUCUUGUCAUACGAGACCACUUCAUGUUAGUAUAUUUAGAAACAGAAUUUAUGUAAAUAUUUUGCAAUUAUUUAUAUGUAUUCUAAGGAAAGCCAUUUAUAUAAUCAGCAUUUUAGUUAGUAUUUUAUGUUGAAAUAUAUGGGAAACUGUUACCCUAAUACAUAGAAUAAAUAAUUUACAAGUCUAUACAUACAGUUGAUUUUUUUUGGUGAAACUAUUGAUCCUUUAAUAUUUAUUUCUUUUUUUUUUUACAAACUAUUCAAUUCAGCAUGAUAUUUUCUUCUGAUUAAUUAAAAUUGAGAGACUAGAAUUCUUCCAAUUAUCUAGUAGUUCAACAUUUAGCUAUUGCAAUGCGUUAAUAUUUCACAAUAGCAUUCAGACAUUUAGUUUACUUACAAGAGUGAUUCCCCCUUUUGUUUUGUUAUCUCCCUUGCUCUACAGCUUGGGUGCAUUUGUCAUUUCUUCAUGUCCAUUGAUGUAGUAGGACUGAAUAGUAAAAACUUGUAGCGGGUCUCCUAUAUUAAUCUUUUGGUGAAAGCAAGCCAUUUCUUUUAUUAAUUACAAUACUUGCAUAUACAAUAUGCCAUAGGGAAAAGCAAAUUAAUUUUUUCCAAAAUUUAAGGAGUGCUAAUGGUGAUCAUGGCGUGCAAGUGAAAAUGACAAAAUUCAUCUGAACUAUAACGUUAGUCGCAGAUUUUGUGUAAAUAAUAGACUUAAACGCAAAUAACUUAAUAAAAAGUUUUCAACAUUGGCAAUAUUUCAUAAAACUUGAAUUCAUUCAUAUUGUAAAUUUAAAUGCAAAAUUACUUGUAGAUGUUUGAUUCAAUGCCAACUUGCCAUUUACUUAUUAAAAUAAAAUUUUAUGAUCUCGGAACUUAUUUAAAUUAACAGUAUAGACAAAAUAAUUGAAUUUGGGGGAGUAACAGGCUGAAAUACUCUAUCUAUUUAUAGAAAUUUAUUUUUAUUUUAUUUUCGUUCUUAUAAGAUUUUACCUUUAUAUUAUUUUUGCAUGCAAUACUAUUCAUUUCCUAGCAGCAUUUAAACUUGUGUUUAGUAAAGCUCAAAAUCUGAUCUGGAAGCAACACCAAAAUGUUAUUUUGCAUGCUGUAAGUGACAUUUUUUAUUUCAUUUACUUUUUGAUAUCUGAUCAGAUUACAGAACGUUUUGUCUGCUUACUUUUCUGCAAUUAAUUUUUAGAAUUACUUUAUUUACAUGCCAACAAGCCAUAUUGUACAAUUGGUAGAAAAUGUAAAGAAGUGUGGAUGUACACAAAAGUAUAGUACACAAUUUGCUGUAAUGGAUAAAUAAUUGAAAUAAUAAAUUGAAAUACAAGCAAAUCACAUCAAUUUAUUUAUUUAUAUAUAUACUUGAUUUUAACUAUUAAAUUAAAAAUAUGAUGUGGCUUAAUAAAACAAUGUAUUGAUGAAAAUCUGGAUCUAAGCAGAUAUCACAAUUUCUCUAGCAUUUCAAACAUGGCCUUCAAGGACAUAACAUGACCUAUAUUUUGUAACCAUAGCAAAAUGUAACUGAUGUAAAUUUUAUAUUCUGAUAGUUUUGGCGUAAUAUUGUCAAGCCAGUAUAUAGCUUAAAAAUAAAGAUAUGUAAAUAGA